CAGCGUGUGGACGACGGGGUGUGGUGUUUCAAUCAGUCCCCCCUGAACUUGUCGCAUGUGUGCACAUCGGCCUCCUCCUCCUCCUCAACCUUCUUCUUCUUCUUGUUCUUUUAAUUUUUUUAUUUUUUUUUUUUAACAAUCCAACCUGCCGGAGAGAGUGUUGCGUUCACUGUCUCCGCUCCAAUCGCCGUGCCGUGUAGGGAAAUGCGUCACUAGGUAUGCAGAAGGGCUGCCGAAACGAGGGAGGAGGAGGGAAGGACGCCAGUGGGUGUCAGGAGAUGCAGGCUUGAAGGACCAUGUGACAGGCCAGAGGGGCUGGAAGGAUUGGCAGAUUGGCUGCGUGGCUAACAAGUGCAUGAGCUCAGCAACCCCCCUGUCCCCCCCCCCACCAUCACCAUCAACCUCGUCCCCCACCCGCCCCCCCGCCCUCCCUCCCUCCCCUCCCCAUCUGCUUGUCUUUUUUUUUUUCCUCUCCCUCAGCAUCCUCCUGUGAUCCUGUAGGUUAGAGCUGCAGCAGCAUCAAUGGCCUAAACCAGAUCCCCGGCCAUUUCUUUCGUUGCUGCGCCUGUACAGCCUGCUCAGGCUCUCGGUGUUGUUAGGGGGGGGGGGCUCCUGGAUAUACAGACUUUCAUUGGUGUCUUUUUCUUUUCCUUGUUCAGUCUUUCUUCAAUCCUUUUCCUUGCAGCCAGUAACCACAGCCUUGUGUUCCCCUUCGGUGUCGUUUCAGGCUCUUUGGAGAUUGAGGAAUGCAACUCUGCCACCAUGAUGGAAGGACUGAAAAAACGUACAAGAAAGGCGUUUGGUAUACGAAAGAAAGAGAAGGAUACUGAUUCAACGGGAUCACCGGACAGAGAUGGUAAUAAAAAGACAAAUGGAGCACCAAAUGGAUUUUACUCGGAAAUUGACUGGGAAAGAUAUAAUUCCCCAGAAGUUGACGAAGAAGGUUACAGUAUUCGACCAGAGGAGUCACCUACUUCCAAAGGAAAGCACUUUUUUUCCUCCAGUGAGUCAGAAGAGGAAGAAGAUCACAGGAGAAAGUUUAAAAUUAAAAUCAGACCAUUGCAAGCCAAGGAUGGCUUAAACGAUACCACCGUUUCGGUCGACGAACUGAAAGCCUCCAUUGGCAACAUUGCAUUGUCGUCCUCUCCAGUGAGGCGUAGUCCGGGUGUGAUCAAAAGAAACCUUUCCAGUGAAGAAAUUGCAAGACCAAGGCGUUCAACACCAACACCUACUCCAGACAAUGUCAGCAAGGUUACACCAGAAGAUCCCACAGUUCUAUUUGGACCACCCUUGGAGUUAGCCUUUGAAGGCCAGAAGUCAGAAGUUGUAAUUGAUGAACCUGAAGUGUGGGGGGUUACAAAACCCAGUGAAUCAUAUCCAGAUUCCCCAUUGACAAGAUCAUUUCCAACUGGAACUCCACCCCCACUUCCUCCAAAGAAUGUCCCAGGAGCGAGUAAUCAGCCGGACUCCACAGAUGAAGAGCCACAGGGAGCAGGUGCUCCAUCAGAUGAUUCUGAAGGAACAACUACGCGGCAAGGAAAGCUACCAUCUCUAAGUGACUUGGAUAACAUAUUUGGACCAGUGCAGUCCCCCCAAACCGCAGGGGAUGUCAGUGACAAUCAAUGGGUCAACUUCACGAAUAAUUCACCCGAACAUGCUGCUCCUGCGGAGUCCCCUGUUCCAGCUAGUGCACCCGUCGAGUCGGAUGAGAAGACUGUAUCCUCCCUUCCUGUUUCGCCUGUUCAGUCCCCACCAUGUGAAAACAAAGACCAAUCCCCCCCUACAGAGUCUGCACGUACUGUUCCUCCUCCCUUGGAUUUGAAAGUGGACGAGAAGAAAAUCGAACAGCCUUCUGUAAAAGAUGAUGUGUUGGAAUCAACAACAUCUCCCAAAGAAUUUGGGCAGGGUGCCCGAUCUACCCCACCUCCCCCACCUCCGCCAACAUACAGAACUGUGGUGUCUUCACCGGGACCUUGCUCAGGAACAGGCAGUGGUUCUUCUUCCCCUGCACGUCCAGCAACGCCACUGGCAAGCGGCAGUCCGACACCCCCGCCACCGCCUCCACGGCCGCCAUCCCGACCAAAACUUCCUCCUGGGAAACCUGGAGUUGGAGAUGUGACGCGGCCUUUCAGCCCACCUGUCCACUCUUCCAGCCCACCUCCUGUUGCUCCUUUGGCCCGUGCUGAAAGCACUUCCUCGAUAUCAUCUACAAACUCUCUGAGUGCUGCCACGACGCCCACCGUCGGUAAAGACAUCUCCAUUUCUGUUUCAGAGAAUGACCAGCCCUCCCUGGUAUGGUUUGACCGAGGAAAGUUUUAUUUAACGUUUGAAGGUUCUUCCCGGGGACCCAGCCCACUAACCAUGGGAGCACAAGACACUCUUCCAGUGGCGGCUGCUUUCACAGAAACAGUCAAUGCCUACUUUAAGGGAGCAGACCCCAGCAAGUGUGUUGUGAAGGUUACUGGAGAAAUGGUCCUGUCGUUCCCAGCUGGAAUCACCAGGCACUUCGCCAACAAUCCUUCUCCAGCUGUUCUUACAUUCAGCAUAACGAACUACAGCCGACUGGAACACAUCCUUCCCAACCCACAGCUUCUCUGCUGUGACACUACAACCCAGUCCAGCGAGAAUUCAAAAGAUUUCUGGGUUAAUAUGCCAAACUUGAUGAUGCAUUUGAAGAAAGUUGCUGAGCAGAAACCACAAGCAACAUAUUAUAAUGUGGAUAUGUUAAAAUAUCAGGUUGCCGCACAGGGUAUUCACUCCACGCCUCUGAAUCUGGCAGUAAGUUGGCGCUGUGAAGAGAGCAGCACAGACCUGCGAAUAGACUACAAAUACAACGCUGAGGCUAUGAGUUCGCCGGUAGCCCUUAAUAACGUCCAGUUUCUUGUUCCCGUUGAUGGCGGUGUGACCAAACUGCAGGCUGUACUUCCCCCUGCCUCCUGGAAUACAGAACAGCAAAGAAUCCUGUGGAAGAUCCCUGAUAUCUCUCAGAAAUCUGAAAAUGGAGGUGUUGGAUCACUGCUGGCACGGUUUCAGUUGUCAGAAGGGCCCAGCAAGCCUUCUCCUCUGGCAGUGCAGUUCACCAGUGAAGGCAGCACCUUGUCAGGAUGCGAUAUUGAAUUGGUUGGAGCCGGCUACAGGUUCUCUUUAAUUAAAAAGAGGUUUGCUGCAGGCAAAUAUUUGGCUGAUAACUGAAACGCGGACCACUGAGAAUUCAGAAAUCAGCCCUUUGGAUGGGGUUCAAAUGGCAACAGACCUACUACAGGUGCUUUUAUGCAAUGAACAAAGGAAAAGAAGACAAAAAAAGACACUUUAUAUUCUCUAAUCAAAGUGGCCAGUCCAGCAGUAUUAUAAAAGCUAUAUACAAUUGGUAACAGUUUUAAAGUGUAAUUAUUGUAUUUGUAAGAUGUAUUCAUUUCAGAACAUAUGUAUUUCAGCAGUUAGAUACUUGAGGUUUAUGAAGUUAGUUGCUCUAUUUUUAAUAUUUAUUACCAACCCUUCUUAUUGCUGCUUUCUUACUGUUCCUUGAUCACAUAAAAAAGCAAACCUUACGUAGUAACAGACAUAUUGUUAAGAGCUCAAAGCAGAAGGUAGGGUCUCGAGUCAAAUCUGUGUGCUUCUGGAAGGACUCCCGUGUUUCCCGGUCAUUAGGUCGUAUUGAAGAAAAGCAGUUGUUUAGUUGGACCUUUCUGAGAGUGGGGGCCACGUCACCUGGAUGGUGUUUUUUAGAGACGGGUGGGAGGGUUUCAUUGAAAAUAAGCUUGCAAAAGGGUCAGUUCAAGAGCUGCAAUUGUGAUAAACUGAGCCAAAUGUCCACUUGGAUGGUGCCCUGGUAAUGAGCGAGAGGUUCCUUCUUCCAGUUUAGACCAAUUUAAACCCUUAAGUGAUUCAAAUUGAAAAUCACGAUAUCAAAGCUCUUUUAUUUUUUGCCCUGCAGUUAACAGUUUGUGGCACAAGUGACGGUCAGUCAUUAGUAAACUGCUCCUCUGAUGCCCUCGUUUUUUUUUUUUUCCUUAUUCUUUUCCUUGUUUCUUGCAGGACAGAUGUGGAUUUUUUUUUCUUUGCUAGCAUGGCACAUCUGGACAAACAGCUAAAUUUGUUAGUACCUAGAUUCCCACCAUAGUAAACACUCAUGCAGAACCUGUGGCCAAGUAGCAAUCACCAGAUAGCAAAAACUUCAUUUAAGAAAAACAAAAACUUGAAGAUGGAGGGUACUGCCAGAGUGUACUCACUCAUUGAGUGUGUGGUCCCUAUAUGCCAUAAUGCCAGGCAGUAACCUUGUCUGUGCAUUACAUGUGUGUACAGCUACUCAGUGGUAGCAAUGCUGCCUCACGGUAAGGAGACCAGGGUUUGCGUUUUCAUGAUCUUCUUACGUCUGCAUAAGAAGCCCAAAGGCGUGCAGGUUAGGUGGACUGGGAAUGCUAAAUUGGCCCAGUUGGGUUUGUGAUGUGUUCUCCGACGAUGGGCCCCUAGUGACCCUGCUCAUGAUUAUGCGGGCUUUGAAGAUGGUAUGCUAUCGUAUGAUAUGCAAGUAUAUUCCGUUUCUUUUGAUAUAGCUGUCAUACCUGAGUACAGGCACAGAGCAUGCUCACAAAUCCACGUUCACAAUGCAUUAACGGCACUCUGGAUGCGGAAAAAUGUUUUUCCAAGACAGUCCUGGACUGGUCUACUGUGAGGGGAGCUAUAGAAGACUAAACUAAGCUAAAAUUUCAAUGAGGAGCUGCUCAGUAUGAAAGAAAGGCAGGUGUACUCAUCUGUACUGACAUUUAUCUCCACGCCUCACAUCAACCACCUCCACCAUGUCCUCCAGACUCUUCAGUCAGAGUUACAGGAUGGGCAAAAAGUAACAGGGAACAACAUACAGAGAGUGGUCGUGCCUGUAUAAGGGGUAGCAUGGAGCACAACAUGCAGUCAAAAACCUCGAGGACCCCUGCUCAUGUUUUCACUCUUACUAGCUGACACAGAGCGCUAGCAAAGAUAAAUGACGCAAGGCUCAUCUAAGCUGAAAGCAACUCAUUUACAGGUACAGUAAACCUUGCUUAGUCAGGCUUAAUGGCUUUUUUUUUCAUAUUAAAUGAAACAAAUAUUUUGAAAUCUUAUCAUCCAAAGCUGUGCUUCACCUCACCUCACUUCCAUGUGUGAGUUUGUGCCCUCAGCACCAUGCUUUCUUAUGUAGGAUGUUAUCCACUCAUGCUGCGGGCCGUACCCCAUUUACUUAUUCCAGUUUCUUCCAGAAAAACUUCUCAGGCUGACCAAGUCUUAAGAAACUGCAUAACCAAGCAGAGCGUGUUCAGUGUGCCCAUUUAACUGAAGCCACAGUGCUCUCCUCAAUAUCUCAUUAGCUGGAAUCCUCCUCAAACCAAAUACAUGACCCUGUAGUUUGCCUUAUCCAUCCAUUAUCCAACCUGCUGUAUCCUAACUACAGGGUCACGGGGGGUCUGCUGGAGCCAAUCCCAGGGUGCAAGGCAAGGUGCCAGCCCACCACAGGGCACACACACUAGGGACAAUUUAGGAUGACCAAUGCACCUGACCUGCAUGUCUUUGGACUGUGAGAGGAAAUCCACGCAGACACGGGGAGAACAUGCAAACUCCACGCAGGCAGGACCCGGGAAGCAAACUCACCGGUCUCCUUAUUGUGAGGCAGCAGCGCUACCUACUGUGCCACCGUGCCGCCCCGUUCAAAUUGUAUAUGUUAUAUAUUUCAAACAGCCCAAUCACAGAACACUUUUUGAUAUUUGCUGGAUGGAGACACUCUGCUUAAUUCUACCGUGUCGUUUCUUUUUCAGUGAUUGUCUUGAGGACUUGUGCCUGUGCACAGUGGCAACAGUAUUAUUGUGGUCAUUUAGUAAAGUGAUUUAGAUCAGGGGUCGCCAACUCCAGUCCUGGAGGAGCACCGUGGCUGCAGGUUUUCAUUCUAAUCCUUUUUUUAAAUAAGUGUUCUGCUUGUGCUGCUGAUUAACUUUCAGUUUUAAUUCAAUUGCUUUUUCAAGAUUUGCUCCCCUGAAUUGCUUCAUUUCUUUCCUUAAAUGACACCCAAACAGAAAUGAAAUGUGAAGUGAGGGAGGCAACAGAAGGGCCUCAAAAUCCAAUCAAUUCUCUCCAACCAGCUGCUUAUUGAGGUGCCGAUUCCUGUCAUUAAUUAAACUCGUUCUUUAAUCCCGUGGCUUGUUCAGAAGUGAAAUGUGGAGUGAGUGAGCCAACAGAAGACCAACUCAGUCAGGGCCUCAAACUCCAACCAAUUUCUCUCGAACCAGCUGCUUAAUGAGGCGCUGAGUCUUGUCGUUAAUUAAACUCGUUCUUUAAUUCCACUGUCGGGCAACUGGUGCGCCGUGAAAACUUUUGUAAAAUAUUUAAAAUUGCUAGUGUUUUUGAACUUUUGGUUGAUUAAAAAGAUAUUUUAUGUUGGUUAAUCAGAUUGUUGAAUAAACGAAUGUAUUUAUUUUGAAUGCAAGUUAAAAUUUUCGCUGUUCGCCAUUCAUCAUAAUAUCAACACCAGCAGUGUCAAAAACACAUCUCGUGAGACUUAAAAAGUCUCGUUGUUAGAAGAUCUCGCUCACUUUUACGGAUAGAAGAAGGCGGAGCAAAAAUAGAACGAGAAAAUGCGAACGCUACAUUUCGGCUCAUGCCGGCGAGAGAGUAUCGCUGUAGCUGCAGCUCUCACCACUUAAUCAUCUGAGUAUUAUGGAAAUGAAGUCAAAGAAACGCGAGAGACUUCAAAUGAUUGACAUGGAAAUGCGCGUCUGUCUUUCGAAAAAUUGAUCCUCGCAUCAAUCUCAUAUGUGCUGAAAAACAAUCUCAACGUUCACAUUAAUUAAAUUUAAGAUUUAUCCUUUGAUUCCUUUAUUAAUAAAAUGUCUUUCAAACUUGUAAAAUUAACUUUUUAUUGGUGAUUGUCCAUAGACUUUAUUUAUGGGCAGUCCCUCAGGUGCGCCGCAAAAGAAAAUUUUUGGACUUAGUGCGCCGCAACUCGAAAAUGGUUGCCUUUCACGGUUUAAUUCCAUGGCUUGUUGCAAUAGCAGACAUUUCCAAAAUUGUGGAUUUUCUCUUUUCUAAGAGCAGAUCAGCAUUCCUGAGACCUUCACCUUUCUUUAUUUUCAGAUAGUGUAUGAUGGUCACAGUUUGCUGGUCCUGUUUUGGCUCAUUUUGUAUCUCAUUAUUAUUUGGCUCUGCGGUGGGCUGGCGCCCUGCCCGGCGUUUGUUUCCUGCCUUGUGCCCUGUGUUGGCUGGGAUUGGCUCCAGCAGACCCCCGUGACCUUGCAGUUAGGAUAUAGCGGGUUUCAUAAUGGAUGGAUAUUGCUUGGCUGCUAAUUAAGGUAAAAGAAACAAUUGAGGGGUCCGAGUCUUCAAGAACAAGUGAAUUCAAAAGAAGUUAAUUAGCUGCAAAAACAGGUCACUAAUUAAGAAAAGGGUUAGAAUGAAAACCUGCAGCCACUGCAGCCCUCUGGGCACACCAACUACAAGUGAGAGGCCUGGCAAUCCAAGUCCCAACACAUUUCCUUGUUUUAUUUACCUCUAAGUUUGCGUUGCUGGAGACUAUUUCCUUUUAUUGUGCCUUAGCUUUCCACCAUUCCUUUUGCUGCUAAAAACUGGCCCAUCAUCUUCUCAAUGUGGUUUCCUUAUUUCGAAUAUUGAGGUAUACUAAAAAAAAAAAGAAAGAAAAGGUCCUGCGGUGGGUUGGCACCCUGCCCGGGAUUGGUUCCUGCCUUGUGCCCUGUGUUGGCUGGGAUUGGCUCCAGCAGACCCCCGUGAUCCUGUGUUCGGAUUCAACGGGUUGGAAACUGGAUGGAUGGAAGAAAAGGUCAUUCAAGUAAGAAGUGACAUGGCAUGAGGAGAGCAUAAAACAGACUCCUCAUCAUCAGAAUUCACCAGGAAAAGAGGCUGUAAAGUCAAAAGGUCAGGCAGUGGCAAGUUUAUCAUCUUUCAACACCUGAGGGCUUUCACAAAAUCAUGUCUAGUCGUUUGUUUUUCUUUUUUGGCAUUUGGUAAAGUGCAUGGCACAAUCUAAAGGCAGCUCUGAGCGUAACUGUCCCCCAGUUGCAAAGCUGGACCCUUCUUUUCUGUCAGAUUGUACAAAGUGUAAAUUUCAAUCUCCCCUCCAUAUCCCAUUGGGCGUAUUUAUUGUGUUCCUUUUCCUCUCUUAUUCGCUUUCUGUUAUUACACAAACAGCAGUGUUAGAGUCAACCUCAGCAAUAUAUUUUUAUCUGUUGAUAAUCCUGUUUGGUUGUAAAAAAAGAAUAUUCUGUAUAUGAUUAGAAUUUAAAUGGUAAUGACAAUUUAGAAGCCCUAGAACUAUAAAUAUUUCUCAUUUUUGUUAUCUGUGUAGAUGGGGUAACCUGUGUACAGUAUAAUGCUAAGGUAUAAUUUUUUAUUUAUUGCAGAUCUAAUUUUUUAAACUCAAGUGCAACAUAUAAUUUAAGAAAUAUACUGUGGAAAAAAAAAUUAAAGAUUACUAGCUGUCUUAACUGGAUGUAUUGUGCUUAAGGAGAAUUGCAAUCUAACAAACGUCAAAGAGACGGAACUCUCACAGAGUAACACGAGCAAAGACUCUUCAUUUCUUCCUAUUAUAACAACAAGUCGCUGUGAGGAAGGUGAUACCUUUAUUGUAAACCUAAAAAACAAAUAACCUUAGAAGAGCAGAUUGUGAUUUUUAUUUAAUAAAUGUCAAACGUUUUUAUCCAACCGAUAUUUUGAAGUACAAAUGCUAUGUGACCGUUUGGACUGAUUCACCCGUGACAGAUGUUCCUACCCCAUACUGUAAUAAUUUGUCAUCUUUGAUUUUUUUUUUAUUUCAGACUAGUGAAAUUAUUAUUGCAGUUCAAUAAUAUCUGGGGCAAAUUAAAAUGGUGACUGCACCACAGGUACUCUAUACAUCUUUUGCCUGAAUUUUCUUUUUCCAUUUUACGUGGGUUAUUACUACUGUACAUAUCAACUUUUGGUAAAUAGCUACCUUACCGCUCCAGGGACAUGGGUUUAGAAACUUUCAUACAGUAUAUACUUACUACCAAUCAGAAGUUCUACAACACCCCCAUUCUUUCAGUUUUUAUCAUAAUUUUAGCACUUCAAGCCCAGUGAAUAACCUUAAAUGGUACACAGGUAGGCAGUGAACUGCCAGAUAUUUUAAACAAAAGUUAAUAACAAGUGAAACGUAAUGUCUUUUUCAGAGUUAUACAAAAUGACUUUUUCAGGGAACAAGUAAUGUGUUAAUAACAUAACAGAUUUUCUGCACUAUUGGAUGUUAAUUUAGCCUUGAAAAUUGAUGCAAACAAUUCCUGCAGGUGUCCCGGCUUGUGUGGAUUACUUACAGACCCUGUGUCUAAAAUACAAGCAGUGUUAGGUCACGGGUGUCGAACUCCGAUCCUGGAGGGCCGCAGUGCCUGCAGGUUUUCAUUCUAACCAUCUUCUUCAUUAGUGACCAGUUUUUGCUGCUAAUUAACUUUUUCCUUAAUUUUAAUUAACUUGACUCCGCCCCCUUAGUUGUCUCUUUUUCCUUAAUUAGCAGCCAAUCAAUAAUGAGACACAAAACAAGCCGCCACAUCACACAAUAUCUGAAAAUAAAGAAAGGUGAUGGUCUCGGUAAGGUCACCAGAACAUUUUGACGGUGUUCUUAGAAGAAAAUCAGAAAAAUCGACAGUUUUGGAAAUGUCUGCUGUGGCAGAAUGAGAGCAGCGACAAGCCAAUUAACAGCAAGCAUCAGCUUCUCAUUAAGAGAUUGGUUGAAGUUUGAAAUCCCAAUUUAGCUGGUCAGCUCGUUUCACAUCUCAUUUUUGAUUGGCUGUCAUUUAAUGAAGAAAGGAAUCAACUCAGAGGACUGAAUCCUUAAAAACAGGGCUACGAAAAUGAAGGGAACAGAAGUGAAUUAACAGUGAAAACUGGUCACUGAUUAGGAAACGGGUUAGAAUGAAAACCUGCAGCCACUGCGGCCCUCCAGGAUCGGAGUUCAGCACCCCUGCGUUAGCAUGAACUCCCUCUGAGGCGUUAUUUGGACGAUGUUGCACUGUACGGUGCUAUCAUAAUGGCAAGAAAAAGGCAAUUAAGUCAGGAAGACAGACGGGCAUUAUAACCCUUAAAAUGUAGGUCUUCUUUUUUAGAGAAAGUGCAAAGAGAGAGCCCCUUUGGUUUUUAUAUGACACAAGUUUUUUGGAAUGAUGCAGGAAUCCAGGGAACCCUGGAAAUGUGGGUAGCUGGAGAGAAUGUGCAAAAUCCAUGCAAACAGUGGCUGGGGAUUGAACCCAUGUCCCUAAAGCUGUGAGGCAGUUGUGCCAACCCUUUCUGUAACACUAAAUAUCAAGAACAUGAUACGUACUAAAAUAAAAUCACACAUUUGUGAUGCUAAUACUUGGUGUGGUAAUAUUCCCUACAAAAAUUACCAAAAAAAAUGUCUAAUAGUGCAGUCACUGUUCAAAUGCAACAUAACCGUUGGACUUGGACACGGGUUUUUCUUCCUGUUGUACAAACAAUGUCUGUCUUGUUUCAGUAAUGACUCUUUUCUGUCAUCCCUUGAAUCAGAGCUACCCUUUCAUUUACUGUAAUUCUAGAAGAGAAGUAACUGCACCCUUGUGUUCCUUUUGUUCUCCACCUGCUCUUUUCAUGUCAUUGUUCCCUGAAGGCAUUCGUUGACCCCUUUUUUUGAAAGACAGCAUGCCAUGCUGCAGGACAUAAAACGAGAGUAAAAUCACGUCUGGGUCACUCUGAGAGACUCUUCACUCUCUCUGCUUCAAGGGUAAUGUGUCCUCACAAUGGCAUUUAUUUUUCUGACUUUGUUUCUGUGGUUCGGUCGUACGUGAUUGUUUUUUAAAAGUCGCUCUGCGUGUGUACCUGACUUUAACCUCGUAAGAUGCUGCUAAUCCAUAUUGACAUAUUUUUAGCGGGGUGUCGCAAAGCCAACAUCUUGCAGUUCUUGAUCUAUGAAAUACAAAGUGUGCAGGUUUGAGGCACCGCAGAGUUCAGAUGGAAUAAAAUGCAAUUUUUAAUGUUGUUGAAGAUUGAAACUUAUGCUGGCUUUUAUUUAUUUUGUCCUGUCCUAAUUGCAAGUCAGAGAUCUUGGCAGCCAUCACAGGACUCGCAUGCACAAAGACACGACAUUCGCCUUAGCACAGCUGAAUUGUGGGAGAGCACCACAGUCUGUGGAGGAACCCGACAUUUUCACAGGCAGAACAUACUCCCCAGCAGGCAGUUUAACUGGGCCCCAAGCGAGUCAGUAGGCCAAUACGCAGUCCCACCACCACAAAACCUUGGAGCACAAUUUUUUUAAAAGUUGAAUGAAUUUCACAAGACAAAAGGAAAGUUAGAAAAACACACAAACCAGUUUUAUACCAACUUGGUGUGCACACCCUGCAUGUCAAGACGGCCGGCAGGAGAUUUAGAACAAAACGCGUCAUUUGGCUUCAUCCUCUUUCCCUGCCGUUUUCACUUUUGUCAUAGUGUCUAUUUGACUCACUCUGAGGUUAUAAUGUCCUCAUAUGCUGAGACAAUGCUGUGGCUUCUGGGUUGAAUUUUGACCCGAAUUUUAGGUACCCUGGACUUGAAAUUGUUCACCGCAAUCCCUGUUUUCUAUUGAUUGACCAUCAUAACCUGUAGUACCAAUUAUCCCAACUUUUAAAACAGAGGACAUCUAGGAUGUCAACAAAAAAAUGUACCUUAAUUGCAAUAUAGCGUCCUGGUGCUUCCUGUCUUGCUAUAUGGUUGCGAGACAUGGACGCUAUCCAGUGACCUGAGAUGAAGACUGGACUUCUUCGGUACUGUGUCUCUUUGGAGAGUCCUUGUGUACCGUUGGUUUGACUUUGUGUUGCUCAUGGAGUCCCGAAUGAAGCACAUUCCCUGCAUUGUGAGGGAGCGUCAGUUACGGCACUACGGCCAAGUGGUGCGUUUCCCCGAGGGUGAUCCAGCUCAUAAGAUCCUCAUUGUGGCUGGACCAGGCCAAGGGGUCGCCCAUGUAAGUCCUGGCUGUGGAAGAUAGAGGGUCAUUUCCAGAGGGUGGGACUGGACCGCAUGUCCGCAUUGGGGGGGUUGCCAACCGGGAUCCUGAGUUGUUUUGUUGUGUAGCGGGAGCGGCAACGCACUGUACCAGUGCAUGCUCCCCAACUUGACUUGACUUGACUUAAUUGCAGCGGAAAAUCCAUAAAAGUCGAGCGGGUUAAAUCUGACCCAAAGGACAAGGCAGUGUUCGAAAUGUGUAGCAGCAAUACAAAAAGACGAAAUUUGGAAAAUGUUUUGUUUUCUUUGUAAAGUUAGAUCACUUUACUAAAACCCUUCACAUUUCCAAUUUGAAAAAUACGCCAAUUGUGAUGUUUGUAUGGGCUGUGAACAAACAAAUCCACCCUACAUGAAGAAUAAAAUCCACUAAAGUGUUGUUAUUCUAAAAAUGAACUGGUAGCAAAAUUAAAGAGCCAUACGAGAACAAAGCCUAGAGUCAAAAUAACCGUCAUCAAGGCCAAAAUGUUAAAUAGAACUUCAGAGCAAAAAAUCUAAAUCACAAAAAGACUUUCCGACAGAAUUUUAUAGCAAAGAUUUGUGUUAUCCAUAAUCUCAAUUAAAGAAAGGUCAUCAUUACAGAGCUAAUAACCCACUGCAUCAGUUACGCCAAUUAAUCACAACCUCAGAAACUAACAAUAAAGGAUCUGCAUCUUAACAGCAGGACUCAGAAAAUGUCUGUGUCCUAUAUCAAAACAAAAUGGAAUUGGAAUUGGAAACAUGGCAAAAACAAAUCAAAGUUUAAAUUGGCACUGAAUCUCAAAACUAACAAAUAUGGAUUCCUGUUGCGUGAAAACCUCAGAUGGGUACCAAACCCCCAUAACAACAUGAAGAAAAUCCUAACAAAAUGUAACAGUGAGUGGACUCAAAACAAGUAUAGGAUAAGGCAGUGUUCAAAAUCUGACAUCUGGAACGUUUUGUUCUUUUUUCUUUUGGUAAAGUUAGGGCACCCUUCACAUUUCUAAGCUGAAAAGGUGACAUUCAGGAUGUUUUUGAUAGGUGGUGAGCAAAACACAAAACACUGUAAAUGGAGAGUGUAUAUGAGAGUAUAUAUACAGUAACUAGCUGUCCCCCACGGCUUCAUCCUCAUAGAAGUGAAACAGGACAGCUAGGAGGGCCCUGCCUGGCUCCCUGCUCCUGACCUAGAAGGAAUGUUCAAGCAAAUUCUAGAAAAAAAAAAACAUACCUAAAUCUGUUAAGUAGUUCUCUCGUUUGCUAGCUAAGUGGAUGUAAAAUACUCCCCAAGGCUGGCGCGUGAGUCGGCCCGCUACGUCUCUCUCAGAUUCACACAAUUAAAUCGGUACCGCAAGUGAUACUUAGCGCGAUGAGAGAAGUCGCAAAAUCAACCGGAAUGUUCAAGCAAAUUAUAGAAAAAAAUCAAAAACUGUUAAGUAGUUCUCUCAUGAAAAGUGGACAGACAUACAGACAAACAUUGGAUUCUAUAUAUAUAUAUAGAUUUAGCUUUAGGUAGACAGAUAUAGAUAUCUCUCUAUUAUAAAAGAAAAUCUUGAGAUGAGACAAGACUAUUUCCAAGAGAUUUUUUCAAGUCCCGUGAGACGAGACUAUUGGCUAGAGAUUUUCUCAAGUCCCGCCCUCCUCGCAACAAUUUUCAAACAUGUCCAUGGGCCACACAACUGUCAUUUGUGUGAUUGGUUUUGCCAGACACAGUUCCUGUGCACCCAGCUUUUAUAAAUUUUUACGUUUUCCUCACUUUAAGUUCCCAAUUAAAGAAGACGUAUUAUGUCCAAAUCUUAUUGAAGAACUUCAUCCCGAAGGGUUAUCAACAGAAGAAAUGUGUACACGGGCAAUCCUAGCACCGAGAAACGAUGAAGUCAAACGAAUUAAUGCAAAAAUUGUUGAUCGGUAACACGGCAAAUUUGUUAAAUGCGUAUCAAUAGACUGUGCUGAAACAGUUGGUGGUGAUGGUGUGGAAGAUGAAAACAUCAAACUUACAAUAUCCCAUAGAAUAUCUACAACCGUUAACACCAGAUGAAUUACUGUUGAAAGAAGGAUGUAUGACAAUUAAUAAAUCACAGGGACAAACAUUUGAAAAAGUCGGUUUAUUUAUUUGAGAGAAAGAAACGAAAUUCACUCACGGGCAGUUAUACGAUGCAUUGUCAUGAUGUAAGUCCAAACACGGAAUCAAAAUUCAAUGCGAUAUUGACGAAAAGUUAAUUUAAAAAAUUGUUUUUCCUGAAGUUUUACAGUAAAAGUGUAAGUUAGUUUCAAAUACAAACAGAGCGAAAACGUAUAACGCAACAAAUAUCACUAAAGCAACAUGAAAUAUAAUUUUCUUUCAAUUUAAUACAUUUUACUAUUUUUUUACUAUGGUUAAUUACUCGCUGUAAUGUUAAAGAGUUAGUUCUAUUACGCAUAUGUAACAAUUCCCAUUUAAAUUGUACAUCGGUAUCCGCAUACACUAGUGGCAGAUCCGUGAAGUGGGUAGCACGUGGCGAGCGAAGUGAGCAGAAGGCAGAGCCCCCUAGUAUUCUAUAUAAUUCUAUAUAACAUUCUGCAACAAGAAAAAUUUGUAAUAUCUCAAAGUACACUGCACACUUGUCGCCUUCCCAAGUUUGCAAGAAACCAACUCCACUCACCAUAAUCAGGGAGAAAAAGUAAUUUCAUUUUCUUAAAAUUUAAAAAAGUACAACUUCUCUAUGAGGAACAGUCUGAAGCAUUCUCAUAAUUUGGCAAAAAUGUGUUAAUACAGUUAUAAAGUAAAUAAGUCGAGUCUCUGUUAACCUUUUUAAGGGCUACAUCACAGCUGGGCUGUGUGAUUGCAUAGUCAUUCGAAACAGGGCAGAGGAGGGAGGUGUGCUAAAUUUGACAUGAAAAUUAAAUUAUGGGAGUAGAACAGAUUGCAUCCUUAAUUUAUAUCUCAUUUAUAUUAUUCAUGAAGUCCAUAAAACACAGGCUUCCCCCCACUUUAUGAAGCUAAUCCGUUCCUGAAAACUGCUUUGUAAGAGGAAUUUUCAUAAUGCAAACAUCUAAUUACCACUUAUUUAAAUGGAAAACAUUUUUAAGUGCACCUUGUCCUCAAAACUGAACCCCGUUUUUAUAGAAAUAACAACAAAAUUAGUUUAGUGAUAACAUUAGUCAUCUAAGCAGACCUUAAUAAGCCAUUUCCCCUUCAUUACUUGUAAAUGCGGUUUACCUUUGCGUUCUCAUGUCAAGUUUCACAGUUCAAGGAAUGGCCUUUUGAUCUUUCUUUGGAUUUUCCAAAUAUUUUACAACAUUUUUUGGAGCAGUUGACACUCAGGAUAAUGCAAGUGGUCAUGGGAGAAGCUGCACAGGUACACCUUGCUGCAGCCUGCGGAUUCAACACCACCCUGUUUGUCAAUGUUAUAAGCUACAAUUUCCCUUAAUUUUUUUGUAUGAAAUCUGCCACCUUUUUGUAAGUUCUUGGACUCAUUUUGUUUUUGUUUUAUACCAAGAAUCUAAUUUUACAAUUAAUUAGUUUGUGGAUGGCGCUUCUUAUCCACAAACUAUUAGUUUAUUUGAGCCAUUUUUGUUGUUUGAUCGCCAUUUGUGCUGCCGUCGUUAGGAAGCUUCCCGUGUUGUUUGGGGUAGGACCUCUGAGGUUGUGUGACAACAGGUUUAAAAAGUCAUCGAAAAGUUCAUUUCCUAUGCGAGUUGGCAAAUUCCAAAUCCAUUUUUGUCUUUCAUUCUUCUGUUAAAUUCCCAAGUGUGUGCGCUGGUCAUGACUCGUACAAGUAUUUUUGAUAUUUGUCUUGUGAUUUGGCUUUGGUAACAGUGUGUCCAACUUCCUAGUUUUUGACUAAUUGCAGCUUUUAGUUAUUUAUUUUCUCUCGGUUACUUUUUUAAAAAGGCUCUCCCUGGUUCUCUAGCGGAACAGUCAGAUUGCUGCGAGGACCGUCACUAAAUGCAGCAUCAGCUGUGAGAUUGACUGAUAACUAAGAUUGCCACGUUGCCAGCCCUUGGAGUGACGGUGAAAGAUGAUCGUGUUUUCCUUAAAUUUUUUGUGAAUGUUUGGUGUUGGAUUUAGACAAGAUUUAAAUUCAUUCUGGGGUCUCGUAUAAACAUUUACAUUCUGUGACAAAACGUUUUUGAGUAAUUGAAAAUUAUUUUAACGCCAUUUUGUUUUCAUAGGGUGUCGCCAUUUUCCAUCAGUGGCAUCACCUGUUGCUGUGAUGAGCACUCCCAACAUUCCCCACAAUUCUUCAACAGAUGACGUCAUUAAAGCAGCUAUAUGUACAGUACGACCUGACACAUGCCACAUCCAUUUAUCUGAAAUUGGGUUUUGUUGUGAACUUUAGUUUCUGACUAGCAAUUUGGGCUUUGACAAUCGAUCAUUCGAUCAUCGGGUAUGAAGCUGGUAAAUUCCUAACCACGUCUUUUCCCCUGGCCCUUUACAUUAAGGUUAUUCGAUAUCUCUUUCGAGUCAGUACAGAUCAGCAGCAUGUGUUUGAAAGUCAUCCCAGACUUGGUCUUCGUGUAUGUGAAAAUUGAGCGUCAUUACAUUUCGUAGGAGAAAGGGUAGUAAAUGCCUUUUUUCAUAAAUACAAAUUUUCGUAAAACAUGAGAAGCCAGUAUAAGUAAAAAAAAAUUAGGCCAAAAACACUUACAGAAAACAUAAAAGCGUAUCCGCUUUGGAGUGCUUUAAUACUUAGUACGUAAAUCGUGUUGAAUCGUGUUUUCUUUUUUCUUCAAAAUAUAUUUUUCUGUACAGAGUAACAAAGAAUGACUUUCACCUUUGGUGAUUACCAUGUAAAUUUGUAGCUGCAUCUCAUUUUUACCUCUUACAUGAUUGUCGCUUUACCUGCAGUAACAGGUCCUGGAGUCUGUGUGUCAACGUCUACCGGCCUUUGAGAGCAAUGGCUAACUAAGGCAGGAUGGUUGCUGAAGCAUUUGCACCAACCCCGGUGCGCCAAAUGCCGAUUUUAUGAAUGUCUGUGCAGGGUCAGUCUGUUGUAAAUGUUACUUGCCUUAUAGAUGAACUAGUGUAUCAUGAGUGGAGAGCAACACUCCUGUAAAUAUUACCUUUAUUUUUUUUAAUAAAUGUUAUUUUAUUUAGUCGUGUCCACAUUUUAUCCAUUGCACACACUACUGAAUAUGCAAUUAUGUUUUAAUUUAUAUGUACCCGGAAAAGAACUACUAUUGUCCCAUUUAUGAAUAAAGUUUUAAAGCAAUUGAAAUAAAAUGACCAUAACGUGAUAACUUGUCUUAAGAUGUCAACCAAUGUCAGUUCUGUUGGAAAUAAAAUGGAAACUGUAAA